AUGCCUACGGUGCAGACGGAGAGGGGUGGACACCACCGGCCCUCUGCCCUCCUGGCUGAGAGCCCUCCGUAUGACCGGAACACCAGGAACUUCUCUCAGAAAAGCAAACUGAAACAAACUGGGCUCCGGUCGCUUGAUGCGUGGCUGGGUAUAAAGCCAGCUGCCUUGGGCCUCUUGCUUCCAUUCUGCAGGGGACACUGGACCAGAGGAGCCCUCCGCGGAGGCAACGGUGUUCCUCCCGAAGAGGAAGCCCCCAAAUCCUGCAGCCAGUGUGGGGUCAGGCUUCCUGUGGUUCCCACACCAGAUCCCGAGACUCAUAGCGCCCAGGCGGUGCGGGCUCCGGACGGGGAAAUGGAGCGUGGGGAGGCGCUGAAGGAAGACGGUGGCCCGUCCUUGUCCCUGGGUUCGGAUGACGGACAAGAGAACCCGGUGGAGUCUUGCUCUGACACUUCCUGUACCGUCCAGAGGGCGAGUCGGCCGCGUAGGGCCAAUGAUGCUCCAGCCGAGUCAGCCCCCGAUGUGAAAAGGGCAGGGAAGGAUGGUGAAAAGAAGUCGCAGAAGGAGAAGCCACCACCAGCAAGUGUCCCUGCUUCCAGAGACCACGGCCAGGUCUGUGUCUCAUAUUACUGGAAAAUAAAUGCCUCGCUUGUUGCUAUUUUAAACGGUAGUAACUUGUCAUCAGUAAUGGAUAUUGGUUUCUCAUUUCUCCUAUCAGUAAUUUCUCUCAACUCUUUGUGCAACAGGGUUCCUGAGGAGCCCUUCUUACAGUCCUACUUGACUGUCUGCCUGAAAUUUCACGAAACCAUUUGCAAAAUCACAAAAAACCCGAAGUUUUCUGAGAUGCCAGCCUUGUCUGCAGAGAUUGUUUGCAGAAUUGUUUCACUUCAACCUGUGGUGGACUGGGCAGAAACGCAUGGCAGUGAAACCGGGAAGGAUUCAGUAAAAAUGGUAUUCCAGGGAGCUCUUACCGCUACUAGAUGUUGGCUUCAACGUAUUUUUACAAAGAAAAUGUUCCAGAGCUUACUUUCUUCGUGUGUCUAUUUCACGUAUCCUGAGGAAGUUGAGGUCUGGAGGCGGCUGGUGGAAAUACACUUUCCUGUGGAACAUGGCUGGAAGGAGGCGUUGCUGGGAGACCUGGAAGGGAGACUCAAACAGGAGAGGCCGCUCUUGCAGAUCGCGGCCUACUGUAGCACCGGCUGGGAUGCCUCAGGCCUGGACGACAGUGUGGCUAAGAGCUUUGAGAAGUGCGUCAUUGAAGCCGUGAGUUCGGCCUGCCAGUCUCAGACCAGCAUCCUUGAUGGUCUCUCUCCUUACGAUUUACGGAAAUUUGGCAAACUCGUGUCUGCUGUGAUCACCAAGUCCUGGCCAAUGAAUGACGGGGAAGCCGUGGAUAACGUGGAUGAGGUUUUAAAGCACCUGCUCACAGGGCCAGAUGUCAAGCAGCUCUUCAAACUGUACGGAACCGAUGAGAAAAUGUUAGCAAAUAUUACAGAGGAUGGCAAGAAGUUGAUGGCCACUGCUGACUCUGUGUUCACCAAAGUGGUUGGUGACCUCCUAAAUGGAACAGUCUUAGUUCGACAACUGGAGCUGAUUGUGAAGCACAAGACUCAGUUUCUCGACAUCUGGCAACUAAAGAGUGAAUCCCUUUCACCCCAGGAGAAAGAACAUGAUGUGAAGGCUGUGCUGGACUGGAGAAUGAAUGAACUACUGUUUCUGAAGAAAGAGAAAAGAUAUAUUGAUAAUCUCUUAAAAUUGUGUGAGAAGGUGAAACACCUGGUAAAAGUGGAUUUUGGAGAGAUUGAACACAAACACUGGGAAGACCUCGGCAGUAAGAGAUUAAAUGAAGCUGUGACGGUGAGACUGCCCACCUGCUCAGAAGUGGUGCUCACAACACACUACAACCUGAGCCCGCAUGUCCGGGAGAUGGCGGAAAUGGUAGACUUGCUAAGGGACAGCCACGUCUUCCAGACGUUCUGGGAAGAAGCCGCAGAGUCGCUGAAGGAGCCUGAAGAGGAAUCAGAAGAGCAAAUAUUCCACCUUGAGGAUGCAUAUGAUGAUUUGUAUCAUCCUUGUUACAAAAGGUUCACUAAACUGUAUCAGGAUCUGAGGUCAGGAGAGGUCACCUUUGCAGAAGUCGAUGCCACCUUAAAAGACUUUGUCAAUAGAUACAGCGACCUGACAUCGGAACUCCAGGUCAUGUGCACUGUGGAUAGGAGUGACCGAAAGGACUGGAUCCGGGAGCGCAUUGAUCAGAUCAAGGAAUACCAUCACCUGUAUCAGGCUGCUCACUCAGCCAAGGUUAUCUUGAAAGUCAAAGAAAAUUUGGGCCUGACUGGUGACUUCAGUGUUCUUCACACUUUAUCAAGCUUUACUGAGGACUUUGACCACUUUCGCCAUGAAAAGCUGACCUGCAUCAGCCAGCGGCUUAUCCGUGCCAAGAAGCUGCUCCAGGACAUCAGUGACACGCGGUGCCGGUGUCUGGAGGAGCUGUCCCUGAGGAAGGAGUUCAUUAGCUGGGUCCGGGAGACCCUUAGAGACAUCAACGAGCUGAAGGUGUUUGUGGACCUGGCCUCCAUCUCGGCUGGCGAGAACGACAUAGACGUGGACCGUGCGGCCUGCUUCCAUGAUGCUGUGCAGGGCUAUGCUUCUCUGUUGUACAAGCUCGGCACAACGGCAGGCUUUGAUGAGUUCAUGGACCACCUGACAGAACUGUGGAAGGCUCUGGAAAAUGACCCGCACCUGCCCAAGAAACUGUGUGAUUCUGCCAGGAACCUGGAAUGGCUAAAAACAGUGAAGGAAAGUCACGGGUCUGUAGAGCUCUCAUCCCUGUCCCUGGCAACAGCCAUCAACAGCAAAGGCACCUAUUUCAUCGAGGCACCCAAAGAUGGCCAGAAGAUCUCCCCGGACUCGGUCCUACGCUUGGUCCUUCCCGAGAGUCACAGUGACAGUGGAGAAAUACGAGCGUACUCUUUAGAAGAGCUGAGAGAGCUUCUGAACAAGCUGAUGUUGAUGUCUGGCAAGAAAGAGCAGAACAACGUGGAAGUGGAGGUGUUUUCUGAGGUGUUUGGCAAUGUGCAGAGGCUUGUCCAGUCCUUUAUAAACCUUUACUCAGCUGGGAACAUGCUAUUCAGGACCUGGACCGCAGAGGUGUACUGCUCCCCCAGGAGGGGCAUUUCCAUCCACAUGGACUUCAACUUGGAGCUGGUGGGCCAGCUCGCUGGGAGCGGGAAGGUGGCCAGGCUGCUGGAAGCCCUCUGCAGGCAGAUGGAGCACUUCCUAGACCACUGGAAGAGAUUUGUGGCAAAGAAGCGAGCUGAACACUUCUACCUCAACUUCUACACGGCUGAGCAGCUGGUCUACCUGAGCAUGGAGCUCAAGAAGCCGAGCCCCAGUGAGGCAGCUCUGAUGAUGCUGUCCUUUAUCAAAGGCAACUGCACCCCGAGUGAUGUCUCCGAGGCCUCCAGCAGGACUGAUGGAGCAGCCAGCAGACACUGUGUGAAGACAGGGAUGGCAGAAUUAUCGCUGAUGUGCUUCUCGGAGUUCAUCCUGGUAGACAAGCUGAGGGUCAUCAUGGAACAGUCGAUGGAGUGCAUGAGCACCUUCCUGCCUCACUGCUUGGACUUGGAUGCCCUUGGCCACUGUCUGGCUCACCUGUCCACAAUGAGCGGGACCCCUGUGGAGCGGCAUCUGCCCAGAGGCCUGCAGGUUGGCCAGCCCAAUCUGGUCGUGUGUGGCCACUCGGAGGUGCUGCUGGCUGCCCUGGCCAUCUACAUGGAGGCCCCAAGCCAGCCCCUGCCCACCUAUGACGAAGUGCUGCUCUGUACCCCAGGCACCACGUUUGAGGAGGUGGCGCUGUUCCUGCGCCGCUGCCUCACCCUGGGCUCCCGGGGGCACAAGGUCUACAGCCUGCUGUAUGCAGACCAGCUGAGCUACGAGGUGGGCUCUCGGGCCGAGGAGCUCUUCCAGAGUCUGUGCCUGCAGCGCCACCGUGAGGACUACCAGCUCGUCCUGGUCUGCGACUGUGACCGGGAGCACUGCUACCUCCCCUCGGCCUUCAGCCAGUACAAAGUCCUCGUCACCCCACAGGCAUCACUUGAGACCAUCCAGACCUACCUGGCGAGACACUUCCAGGUCCCACAGCAGACCCUGUCAGCAGCUGCUGUGUUCCAGGACCGGAUGUGUGUUGGGGUCGUGGCGUCGCAGAGAGCCGGUGUUGGGAAAUCUCUCUAUGUGAAGAGACUGCACAGCAAAUUGAAGAUGAAGUUCACUGGGACAAAAGUGCCUCUCAAGGUCAUCCGACUGAUGGACCCCCAGGUGGAUGAAAGUCAGGUCCUGGGCACCCUCUUGCCUUUCCUGGAUGCACAGCACCAGAAACGCCCCACGAUUUUCCACUUUGACGUGACCUCCUCAGUACAGUCUGGAAUUUGGGGAUUUCUUUUCAAACUCCUAGUUUUACAAUACUUAAUGGAUGUAAACGGGAAAAUGUGGCUUCGGAAUCAGCGCCAUUUAUACAUCAUUGAAAUCCUAGAAGGGAAUUCAGUGCUGCCAAAGAGGUCUUCAAAACUGGUUACCCAUGCCCCACAGUUCGCUUUUCUGGACAUCUUCCCAAAAGUCACAUGCAGGCCUCCGAAAGAGGUGAUAGACAUGGGGCUGAACCCUGAAUCUAGCCACAGAGAGCCAGGAAUGGAUCACACAGAGUUCUGCAGUGAAACCUUCCAAAGACCCUACCAGUAUUUAAAACGAUUCCAUCAAAAACAAAACCUAGACACGUUUCAGUACCAAGAAGGCUUUAUCGAAGGCACACCGGAGGAAUGCCUCCAGCAUUUCUUGUUUUACUGUGGGGUGAUAAACCCAUCCUGGUCAGAGCUUCAAAACUUUGCUCGGUUCCUGAAUUAUCAGCUCAAAGAUUGUGAGGCCUCUGUCUUCUGUGAUCCUAAUUUCAUUGGAGACACACUGAGGGGCUUCAAGAACUUUGUGGUUACCUUCAUGAUCUUUAUGGCAAGAGAUUUUGCCACACCAACUCUGAACACCUCGGACCAAAGCCCAGGGAAGCAUAUGGUUACCAUGGAUGGGGUCAAGGAAGAAGAUCUAGCUCCUUUCACUCUGCGGAAGAGGUGGGAGUCAGAGCCCCAUCCAUAUGUUUUCUUCAAUGGUGACCACAUAUCCAUGACAUUCAUUGGCUUCCAUUUCCAGCCCAACAAGAAUGGUGGCGUUGAUGCCAUCAGUCACUUGCAUGGGAAGGUAAUCAAGAAAGAUGUCAUGAUGAUGGAACUGUACAGGGGGCUGUUGCUUCAGAGGGUGCCCUUCAAUGUUGACUUUGAUCAACUGCCCAGACAUGAGAAACUUGAAAGACUCUGCCUGGCAUUAGGAAUCCAGUGGGCCAUUGACCCUGAUGAAACCUAUGAGCUCACAACAGACAAUAUGCUGAAGAUCCUUGCUAUUGAGAUGCGGUUUCGGUGUGGGAUCCCCGUUGUCAUCAUGGGAGAAACUGGCUGUGGGAAAACCAGGCUCAUUAAAUUCCUUAGCGACCUGCGGCGUGGGGGUGUUGAUGCUGAAACUAUGAAAUUGGUCAAGGUCCACGGAGGAACGACUGCAGACAUGAUCUACUCCAAAGUCAGGGAGGCUGAAAACAUUGCUAUCUUCAAUAAGAGCCAUCAUCAGCUUGACACCAUCUUGUUCUUUGAUGAAGCCAACACAACAGAAGCCAUCAGCUGUAUCAAAGAAGUUCUGUGUGACCACACAGUGAAUGGCGAGCCCCUGGUUGAGAACUCUGGUUUGCACAUCAUUGCAGCCUGCAACCCUUACCGGAGGCACUCCCAGGAGAUGAUCUGCCGUUUGGAGUCAGCUGGGCUAGGGUACAGAGUUAGCGCAGAGGAGACGGCAGAGAAGCUUGGCUCCAUUCCUCUCAGGCAGUUGGUUUAUCGAGUCCAUGCUCUUCCUCCAAGCAUGAUUCCUCUGGUGUGGGACUUUGGACAACUGAAUGAUGUUGCUGAAAAGCUCUAUGUUCAGCAAAUUGUCCAGAGACUAGUUGACUCCAUCAAGAUAGAGCAAAAUGAGAUUUGUCUGAUCACAGAAGUGCUUUCUGCCUCUCAGGGUUUCAUGAGGAAAAGAGAAAAUGAGUGCAGUUUUGUCAGCCUUCGGGAUGUGGAACGCUGUGUGGAAGUUUUCAAAUGGUUCCAUGACCACAGUGAAAUGCUCUUGUCAAAACUGGAAUCCUUCCUCUGUAAGUCAAGUGUCAUAAAAAAUAAAUUCAAGAGAAGUCCUGUCCUCUGGUCUCUGGUUCAGGCUAUCGGGGUAUGUUAUCAUGCCUCUUUAGAAAAGAAGGAAUCAUAUCGGAAAGCCAUUUGCAGUUUUUUUCCAGAACCAUAUAACGACAGCAAGGUUAUCCUGGAUGAAGUAACUCAAACACAGGAUCUUUUUCUGAAUUGUGUACCUCUGAGGGAAACCAUUGCCAAGAACUUGGCUUUGAAGGAGAAUGUCUUCAUGAUGGUAGUCUGCAUUGAGCUUAAGAUUCCUCUCUUCCUGGUUGGGAAGCCCGGCAGCUCCAAAUCUCUUGCCAAGACCAUUGUGGCCGAUGCUAUGCAAGGUCAGGCAGCUUACUCAGAUCUCUUCCGGAACCUGAAGCAGGUCCACCUGGUGUCGUUCCAGUGCAGCCCACACUCCACCCCCCAGGGGAUCAUAGGUACCUUUAAGCAGUGUGCCCGCUUCCAGCAGGGCAAGGACCUGCAGCAGUAUGUCUCCGUGGUGGUGUUAGAUGAGGUUGGACUGGCUGAAGACUCUCCCAAGAUGCCCCUGAAGGCUCUGCACCCACUGCUGGAAGACGGCUGCAUUGAAGAUGAUCCUGCGCCCCAUAAAAAGGUUGGCUUCAUAGGCAUUUCCAACUGGGCUCUUGACCCCGCCAAGAUGAACCGGGGCAUAUUUGUGUCACGUGGCAGUCCCAACGAGAAACAGCUCAUAGAGAGUGCCAAGGGAAUCUGCCAUUCAGACACCCUCAUUCAAGACAGAGUCCAAGGGUAUUUUGCAUCUUUUGCCAAAGCCUAUGAAACAGUGUGCAGGAACCAAGACAAGGAAUUCUUUGGGCUUCGUGACUACUACAGCCUCAUCAAAAUGGUCUUUGCCAUGGCCAAAGCUUCCAAUAAAAAGCCUUCCCCACAAGACAUUGCACAGGCUGUCCUUCGGAACUUCAGUGGCAAAGAUGACAUCAAUGCUUUGGACAUUUUUAUGGCCAAUUUACCCGAGGCAAGGUGCUCUGAAGAAGUGAGCACUAUCCAGCUGAUCCAGCAGAACAUUUAUGGUGAUCAUCAAAAGGGGUCGGGUAGAGAGCUGGAAGACGCUGAAUGCCGCUACUUACUCGUACUGACCAAAAAUUACGUGGCCCUGCAGAUCCUCCAGCAGACAUUCUUCAGUAAGGAGCAGCAGCCAGAGAUUAUUUUUGGUUCCAGUUUUCCUAAGGACCAAGAAUACACCCAGGUCUGCAGAAAUAUCAACCGCGUGAAGAUCUGCAUGGAAACAGGCAAGAUGGUGGUCCUCCUCAAUCUGCAGAACCUCUACGAGAGCCUCUAUGAUGCACUCAACCAGUACUACGUCUACCUGGGUGGUCAGAAGUAUGUGGACCUGGGCCUGGGGACCCAUCGUGUCAAGUGCAGGGUUCACCCAGACUUCCGCUUGAUCGUCAUUGAAGAGAAAGAUGUUGUGUACAGAUAUUUCCCCAUCCCACUUAUCAACCGGCUGGAGAAGCACUAUCUGGAUAUCAAUACUGUGUUGGAGAAAUGGCAGAAGAACAUUGUGGAAAAACUCAAGGAAUGGGUGGAGGAAUUCAUACACAUGGAAGCAGAUCAGUUCCAAGCCAAACACAAAUACAGCCCAUCGGAUGUCUUUAUUGGCUACCACUCUGACACGUGUGCCUCUGUGGUGCUUCAGGUCUUAGAGAGGCAAGGUCACAGGGACUUGACCGGGGACCUCUACCAGACGGUGUCUGAGGAAGCAAAAUUGAUCCUGCUGGAUUGUGCAACCCCUGACGCUGUGGUUCGGCUGAACACAUCUUCACUGGGGGGGUUUGCAGCACAGUCACUGUCACAAGAAUACUAUUACAAGCAGCAGCAUAAUUCCUUUGCAGAUUUCCUUCAGGCUCACCUUCACAUGAAGGAUCUGGAACACCAUGCUGUCUUCACAGAGAUCACCACUUUCUCCAGACUGCUCACCAGUCAUGACUGUGGAAUUUUAGAAUCUGAGGUGAAGGGCAGGGCUGCGAGGCCCACCAUCAUGUCCCUGCAGCAGUUUGACACGGAGUACUCUUUCCUCCAAAACGUCCGGAAGUGCCUAACUAACACAGCCAGAUGUAAAAUCCUCAUUAUUCAGACAGAUUUUGAAGACGGGGCUCAUGAUGCUCAGCUCAUUGCCUCAGCUAAGUAUUCUGCUGUAAAUGAAAUCAACAAGAUCCAGGCAAAUAAGGACCGUAUCUUGGUCUAUUUCAUCACAAAACUCUCCCGGAUGGGAAGUGCAACGUCCUAUGUGGGAUUCCAUGGAGGGCUGUGGCAGUCUGUGCACAUCGACGACCUCCGCAGAUCCACUAUCAUGGUUUCCGACGUGACUAAACUGCAGGAGGUCUCCAUCAGCCAACUGUUCAGGCCGCAGGACAAGCCUGAGGUCGAGACGGGAGUGGGGGCAGAGGACCACGCCGAGGACGAGGAGAUGGAAACAGAGACGAAAGGACCAGGGGACACGGCAGAGGUGGAAACAGAAAGCUCUGAGGGGAUGGAGAGUGAAGCCUCUGGGCUGGGAAGCAGUGAGAUCCUGGACACCACCAGACUCCUGAGAAGCUGUGUGCAGAGUGCUGUGGGGAUGCUCAGAGACCAGAACAAGAGCUUUCCGCGCAACAUGAGGAGAGUGGAGAUUCUUCUCCACCUCUUCAACAAGGACGAUGAAUUCAGAGCCUCCUUCUUGCGGGUCUCCAAAGAGCACCUCUAUUUUCUGUUGAAGAAGCAAGAAGAGAAUAUGUUCAAUCUGAAGGAGUGGGUAGUACGGGAAGCCUCCAAUCAGGAAGCCCUCCAGGAGGCAGGCACCUUCAGGCAUACCCUUUGGAAACGGGUCCAGACUGCGGUGACACCUCUCCUGGCCAGUAUGAUAUCUUUCAUCGACAGAGAUGGCAACCUAGAGCUACUGAUCAAGCCAGAUUUUCCACCCUGGGCAAGAGAUCUUUGGAUGUUUAUUUUCAGUGACAUUAAGCUUCUCAACAUCCCGUCUGUGAUAAAUGAUGCAAGAUCUAAGAGCAAGAUGUCCUGCAUUGUGGUGCAGAACGACAUGAAGCUUUCAGAGAAUGACGUCCCAUUUAGCUGGAGAAUCAAGGACUACCUGGAGGAGCUUUGGGUCCAGGCUCAGUACAUCACAGAUGUUGAAGGACUGUCAGAGAAGCUAGUGGAAAUCUUUCAGCAGACUCCUCUGGGCAGGUUUCUCGCUGGCCUCAGCGGAGAGCAGCAGCAAAGACUAAUUCACUGGUACUUGAAGGACUUCCUCCUCUUGACCAUGAGUGUGUCCACCGGGGAUGAAUUAAAGUUUUUACGAAUGGCUCUGUGGUCCUGCAUCGGCCAGCUGAAAGCGGUGUCGGGAAGGCCAGAGGAAGGGGUGUCCCUGCCGUGGGUGCACCUUGCCUAUCAGCACUUCAGGAGCCGGCUGCAGAACCUCUCCAGGAUCCUGGCUGUCCAUCCCCAAGUUCGAGACAGCCUGACGGAAGUAACACAGAACUGCAGCCUGCCAGAGUGUGAGAUGGUACGGCCCCUCUUGGGCACACUGAGGUGCUUAGAGGUCCAGGGCUCCGCCUUCUGGGAGUGUGAGGGUUCUUCCAACCCCACCCUGGAAAUGGGAAGCUUACGAGUUGUUGUUGUCAGUUGUCGAGUCGGACACACUUAUACAGCCAGGUCCCAAAUGGGAGACUUCUUCACGGGGCAUAGUUAUAAUCUGAGCCUCGCUCUUGGGGCCGGGGCAGACCUACCAGGCAGAGGACUGCAGCAGGACUACAGCGGCGGGCAGGGGGCAGCCUGGGUGAAGCACAGGGUGUGUGACUCUCAGUGUGUGCGGCCGCACGUCCCAGGGGAAGAGGAGAGAGGGCGUCGCGUCUUCCAGGCCAGGGGCAGGUCCUCUCUCCCACCGCCUGCACUUAACCUUGGGUGCAGUUCUUUCUUUGAACACCUGGCCCGGCUGCUCUCCUUCCUCCUCCAUACCUCUCAGGCUCUGUCCCCAGAAGUGAGAGAGUGACGCCCCUCUUUCGACAGAACCCAGUGGAGUCGGAUUUUUUCCGUUGCCCUCUUCGUGGAGCACGUGCUCCUGGGGACCCAGAGUCAGAUCCCUGAGCUGCGGGAGCUGGUGACUAACUAUGCCGCCUCCCUCAACAAGUGUCUGCAAGAUAACUCUGACGUCAAGACCCGCAGGCCUUUUGUGGCCGUGAUGACUAUUCUCCGUGAAUGUAAGGACCAGGCCAGCAGGACCUUCACCAGGUUUGGAGUUCGGCCGUGCCCCAUUUGCCAGGGAGAUGCCCAGGAUCCUGUCUGCCUGCCCUGUGACCACGUAUAUUGCCACGCUUGCAUCAAAACCUGCCUCAUCCCAGGGCAGAUGAGAUGCCCCUUUUGUAUGACUGACUUGCCAGACAACUUCUCUCUGACUGUUUCCCAAGAGCACAGGGAUGCCACAGAGAAACACGCCCAAUUCCGGCAGAUGUGCAACAGUUUCUUUGUAGACCUGGUUUCCACCAUGUGCUUCAAAGAUAGCACUCCACCUCAGAGGGAUGUCAUCGAGGUUCUGCUGUCUUUACUCUUUGUACAAAAGGAGCUCUUGAGAGAGGCCCCCCAAAGACACCGUGAACACACAAAAUCUCUCUCUCCAUUUGAUGAUGUGGUGGAUAAGACUCCUGUCAUCCGCUCAGUGGUACUGAAACUGCUGUUGAAGUACAGCUUCCAUGAAGUAAAAGAUUAUAUUCAGGAUUACUUGUCCAUGUUAGAAAAGAAAGCAUUCCUCAGUGAAGAUAAAACUGAAGUGUACACACUCUUCAUCAACUGCCUGGAGGAUUCAAUACGUGAGAAAAUUAGUGCUUGCUCCGAAAAUGAGGAAUUGAACUACCUACGAGAGGAAGGGCAUUUCCUGAGGACUUACUCACCACAGAGACGAGGCCCAGAGCAGGCUAAGGAGGCUUCUAUUGAAUACCUUCAGGAGAUGGCUCGGGUCCGCCUCUGUCUCGACAGGGCUUCCGACUUCCUCUUCGAGGCUCACACCAACUCAGAGAUGGCUGAGGAAAAGCAGGGCUACCUGCAGCAAGUUGAGCACUUCUGCACCCAAACCAAGAACGACUGGUUCCGCGUGUACUUGGUGAGGAAGCUGACGAGCCAGCACACGAUGGAGUUUGUGCAGAGCCUCGCCAAACAGGGCCACCCGGCCCAGUGGGUGUUCCCCAUGGAAGUCAUUGCACAGCAGAAGGACCAUCCAGGUCAGCUGGACCGAUUCCUGGUAUACGGCCAAGCAUACAAGGCUCUUCGUGAUGCAGUGGGCAAAGCGGUCCUCGAGUGCAAGUCCAAGGGCAUCACGGCCACCCUGGAGGCCUGCAGGGACCCUAAAACUCAACAGGCAGUCCACUUACUGUUGGCACUCUUCCGAGAGGUCACUGUUUUGUACAGAUCCCAUAAUGUAAGCCUCCACCCUAAGCCAGAGCAACGUGAGGCUGUGAACAGAUUCAUUGAAGAAACCAAGACCCUUUCUCCUGAAAUCAGACUUUUUGCGACAUCCCUGGUGGACAACACUCUGCCAUUGCUGAGGACAGGUCCCAGUGACGGGGGCCUUGAAGCAACGGUGACAGAGAUGGCUGUUCAUGCUGCAGCUGUCCUUCUCUGUGGGCAGAGCAAAGUCUUGGAACCCCUGAGGAACUUGGCCUUCUCCCCAGCCAACAUGGCGAAUGCUUUCCUUCCAACCAUGCCUGAAGACUUGCUGGUGCAAGCUAGGAGCUGGAGGGGUCUGGAAGGAGUGCGCUGGUACACAUGUCCCAAUGGCCAUCCGUGCUCUGUAGGAGAGUGCGGCAUGCCAAUGGAACAGAGCUGCUGUCUUGACUGUGGUGCUCCAGUUGGAGGUGUUGAUCACAAACCUCGCGAUGGCUUUCGUCGUAUUGAAAAUGACACAGACAGAACUCAGACUGGCCACGUGCUGGGAAACCCUGUAGCCAGAGAUGUGAUGGUGGUAUCUGACCGAGCGCUGCCCCCCGUGGUCUUCAUUCUCAUCCGGUUACUCACUCAUUUGGCUAUGCUUUUGGGAGCUGCCACAAGUCCCCAGGCUCUGAGAAACAUCAUUAAGCCUCCAGUGGGGGAUCCAGAAACAUUUCUCCACCGGCACAUCCAGAGAGACUUAGAGCAGUUAACAAAGACCCUGGGCAAGAGUGCCGACGAGACCGCCAACGUGGUGCACCUGAUCCUGUGCAGCCUCCUCAGAGCACAGGAUUCCCACUCUGACCAGAGGCUUCUCAAUUUUGAUGCAAGACUGUCAACCAAAGAGAGGAGAAACGACUGGGAAAAGGUCGUCGAAAAGAUUAUUUUAUCUGAACUGGAGCAUCUAGAUAAAACUCUCCUGACCGUCAACACUCUAAUCAGCCAAGAUGAACGUAUCAGCUCCGACCCUGUGGCCAAAAUCAUUUACGGUGACCCGGCAACCUUCCUGUGCCACCUGCCCCAGAAGAGUGUGGUUCACUGCUCUAAGAUUUGGAGCUGCAGAAAAAGAAUCACAGUGGAGCACCUCCAGCACAUAGUGGAGCAGAAAAACGGCAGAGAAACAGUGCCCAUCCUCCAGAAGUUCCUACAGAAGGAAGCAGAAUUGAGACUGGUGAAGUUCUUGCCUGAGAUUUUGGCCCUGCAAAGGAACCUAGUGAAGCGAUUCCAGAAUGCUUCAGAAGUUGAAUUCCAAUCCCUCAGGAGUUUUAUUGAUAGUCACAAUUCAGAUGGGUUGAAGCAGUGGUUUCGCAACAGAAUCACUAUCUUUCUAUCAACGUGGAACAAGCUGAGGAGAUCACUUGAGACCAACGGUGAAAUCAAGCUUCCAAAGGACUACUGCAGCACUGACUUAGAUCUGGAUGCUGACUUUGAGGUCAUCCUGCCACGUCGCCGGGGACGGGGCCUCUGUUCCACCGCCUUAGUCAGCUACUUGAUUACACUCCACAACGAAAUGGUCUACAUGGUGGAAAAAUUCUCCCAGAAAAAUAACAGCUACUCCGUCGAUACCUCUGAGGUCACCGACCUGCAUGUCAUCAGUUACGAAGUAGAGCAGGACUUGAUGCCCCUGCUUCUCUCCAACUGCCAGUACAAAGUAGAGCAAGGUGGAGAAGCCCUGCAGGAGUUUGACCUGGAGAAGAUCCAGCGGCAGAUCACCAGCCGACUCCUCCAGGGCAAGCCCAGGCUUAUGCUCAAGGGAAUACCCACUCUGGUGUACAGACACGACUGGAACUACGAACGGCUCUUUAUGGACAUCAAGAACAAGAUGUCACAGCACGCCCUCCCCUACGCGACCCUCAGUGCCCUCAGUGGACAGCUGCAGUCCUUCAGUGAUGCCUGUGAAGCUCUGUCGGUCAUAGAAGUCACCUUGGGCUUUCUGAGCACAGCUGGUGGUGACCCAGACAUGCCCUUGAAUGUGUACAUCCAAGACACCCUGCGAAUGGAUGACCAGACUAGUCCUGUUUUAAAGGCCUUAAACAGAUGUCAGUUAAAGCACAUCAUCGCCCUGUGGCGGUUCCUCUCUGCGCGUAAGUGUGAACAGCUGCUGCGACUGGGAAAAGAUCCGUUUAGGGAAAUCAGUUCCGAGUACAAAGUGGAUCUCAGCCCAGAAGAUGCGAAACUCCUCAGCACUUUCCUGAAUCAGACUGACCUAGAUACCUUCUUGCUGGAGCUGCACGAAAUGAUGAUCUUGAAGCUAAAGAGCCCCCACCAGGAGGUGAACUUCAACCCUGCGUGGAGCCUGAGAGACACUCUGGUAAGUUACAUGGAAACUAAAGAGAGUGAUGUGCCUCCCGAAAUGGAAUCUCAGUUCCCGGAAGAGAUCCUGCUCUCCAGUUGCGUCCCUGUGUGGAACACGGCAGCUAGGCUGAAACAGGGCUGAUACAUGAGAUAGGAGCAGCUCCUCAGCACUGCCUUUGGAUGAGACUUGGGGCGAGAAGGCCCUUCUCUUCUCCCUCAGCCAUGGAAUGGAUUCCAUCACAGACUGUCGGUUGCCUUUGUGAGUCCUUAGAAGGAAAGUUCUCGCCAUCGCAUAAAUUCAAGACCAAGAUGUGCUGUGUGAGCUUACAGCUUUUUGAGAGCCAACCUGUUUCAGGAUCACGUGUAUGUUCCAAAACUUUCUCAUCAUGUUAUGAAUACUAUUCAUUGGGAGGUAAGGAUUGAAGAUUACGUGGUUUUGGAAACAAAGCACCAUCCUUUACAUUCCAAGAGAAACCAAAAAAAGUAGCUUCUCAUCUUAACACAGCGUAAUGGCCCUGCUGGCCUCUGAACUGGCACAUACCCAGCCACCAGGUUCCUCCUUCCUCAGACUACUACAUAGUCAGAGCGAGGGGAAAAAAACAGGGUGAUUAAUUUUUGGCUUUUAUUUUUUUCUAGUUUCCUCUGCACUCACAGAAGAGAAUCUGGCUUUCUUCUCUCCCCUAGAUUCUGAGUGUUGUACAGAUAUUUCUGGGUUUGAACAAGAUGUGGCAAAGUCCCAGACUCUUUCUUUGUCUUCUCCACAUAGAAGAAAUGUCAGGGUGUUUUGUGAGUGCCUUAAGCCAAACUACCAAAAUCUGACCCAGACCCCACAAGGAGUCGCUGCCAGAUUUCAAAGGGUAAGAGCCAAGAUGCUUUUAUUGUGAAGAGCACCGGACAAGGAGUCAGGGACACUCUGGGCCUCAGUCUCCUCAUCUAUAAAAUGAGGGACUGGACUCAUGGCCAAAGUUCCUUCCAAUUCUAAUAUUUUGAAAUUGUAAAUGAAAGUUUAUUAAUGUAACUUGGGUGAAACGUGUGGUUCCGGCAUGUCUGUGGGCAAUUUCUGAUUGUCUAGCAUUACGCCAAAUAAACACACAGACUUCAUGUGGUCUAAUAUUUCCCUGAGUACAGGAAUAUCUAGUCCUUUCUUUCAGUCUCAGUGAAGGCACAACAACUGAGACUCAGAGAGGGUACAAAACCAGUUUAGUUUCUGAAAAUGGGGAAAGGGAGUAGUUCAGCUAGCCCGGAUUUCUGCUGCUUUCCUCAAGUUCAGGGUCUGUCUGUGUUUCCAGAUCUACUCUGUUACUUAAGAACUCUCUGGACUAACUCCUUCCGAGAUAGCUCAGCACCCAACUGCACUCAUACUAAGACAGCAGCUGUUUACAAGUUAGUGGCCUUAAUAUAUAUUCUGAAUGAGCUAAUGACUUAAUCAACUUGAAACUGGGCUCCUAGGGUGAGAGCUACAAAAACACAAAAUGCUUACAGAGAAUGCGACCAAGGGUAUCUUAAGCCCCACUGGAGGAAGCUGCAUUGCUGUAUUGCUCUCUGUAUUAUUUUGAUAUUCUCUUCACGGUACUUGAUGAAGGGUAUACAGUGGUCGAGACCCAAGGUUGUAACUCAUUUGAUAGUGUCCACUUGCAUGUAAUAAUCUAUGGUAGUUUAUCAUUCGAGAAUAUGCAAAGGCCAUCCUCCCACAGAC